CCUCUGUCUCACCUCUCAUGCUGCCAUCUUUAAUCCUCUCCAGAACUGUUCUCUGGAAAAUUCUUGAACGUGUGUUGAAAGUUGUCAGGCCCGGUUUGGGUAUUGGUUUUGUCAUCUGUGAAGUAGUUUCAGGAAUUUCCUGUAACCUGCAGCCUCUGGCCUGGAACCAGGUGAGAAGGAGGUCAUUGUGUCCUCCAAAAGUAAAACAUUGUUACAAAAAGCUGUUAAAUGCAGAGAAAGAUGUUUCUUAUAGUGGGAGCCGUGGAUCCAAGACAAUGCCUUGGCACUUGAUGGAUCAGCAAGAACUUAAUGAGGUCUCUUUCAUCAGUUGAGGUUUCAACAAUGCCUUCCACUAAUAUACUUUCAUGUAGACCCAUUUACUAGGCUUUUAAACAGGAAGCCAUCUGCCUGGGUCAGCCAGUAGGGUUUCUUGCACCAGUAUGUCAAGUGUUUUGGCAGAACUUAUCAGAGCAUUGCAAUCAUCAAAUACUACAUUAUGUAGGCCUGGAUGUUCUCCCACUGGGGCAACUUUUGUGGGGUAAUCAACCACAGUCUUAUAGACCUCUUUUUAACAUUUCAUGCAGAAGUUCAGUUUUAUGUUUGCUUUAGACCUCCUGUUAUAAGAGCUGUGGACAGUUGACCAUCCACAUUAGUCUGGUUCUGUGCAUGGAUCAUGCUGACCUUAAUAUUGAAGAAUUGGAUUUUGAUGUUUUCCUCUCCCCAGAUUCUAGAUGAUGUAGACAGUGAAAGUGUUGAUAAAUUAGGUCUUUGUCAGUCUUUGUCAGACUACUUCACAAAAUAUGAUCCUCAUUACUGUAGGAACUUUGCUAAUUUAGAAACAAAGUACUUUAGAAAACUAAGUUGCUGGGAGAUUCAUACCAGCCCUUGCAUGAGCAUAUUGGAAAGGUACACACAGUCACUGUCAUGUGAAUAUUUCACUGUAGUAUUUCCUAAAGGUUCCCAUCAAGAAGGGGGAAAAAUCUACUUUGCUUGUCUUGAUAAUUUUUUCCAUAUUGUGGGCCCCAUAUUAGGGUAGUUCUUAAAAAUAUAUUGAACAAGUAAGGGGAAAAACAAAAACCUUAGACAUGCUAGUCAUGUCUAAUUGUGCCCAGAAUCUCUCCUAGUUUGCCUGUGCUGUGCCACUGGGGUUACAGAGGUCCAGGAAGGAGUUGUUGGUACCACCAGAUAGCCACCUGAAGAAUGCCCCUAGGAGUAUUCUUUCUUGAUUAGCCCAUCCAGGGCCACCGUAUGGACCAUACACCAGACACCUGGCUGAGGCAUUGCCAUUUCACUGCUCUUAGCAGUGAACACCUGUCAUCCUCUCUCCUACACAAGAGCCUGACGCAUCUGGAUCUCGGGUCUAACCAGCUACACGAUAAUGGAGUGAUGCUCCUGUGUGAUGUCUUUUGGCAUCCAUGCUGUGAUCUUCAGCACCUGGAAUUGAUGGGCUGUAUUCUUACUAGUACACGUUGUCUGGAUCUGGCUUCUGCUAUUUUGAACAACCCAAACCUGUGGACCCUGGACCUUGGGAACAAUGACUUGCAGGAUGAUGGAAUUAAAAUUCUGUGUGAGGCUUUGAGACAUCCAAACUGUAACAUUCAGAGGCUUGGGCUGAAAUACUGUGGCUUGACUCUCUGUUGUCAAAAUCUGUCUUCUACUCUUAGCAGCAACCAAAAACUGUUAAAAAUAAAUCUGACGCAGAAUACUUUAGGGUGUGAAGGCAUUAUGUAAUUAUGUGAAGUCCAGAGGUCUCCCGAAUGUGAAUUACAAGUGCUAGGGUUGUGCAAAGAGGCAUUUGAUGAGGAAGCCCAGAAGCUGCUGGAAGCUGUGGCAGUUAGCAGUCCUCACCUACUCAGUUAGCCUGAUUGUAAUGAUCAUAGUGAAGAAAACCGUUCCUGGUGGCAGUGUUUCUGA